ACUUCCCACAACGGGAGGUGCCUUACACAAGGAGAGGAGGAGCUCUAUAAGGGGUCAAAAGAAACCAAUAAUCAUGAAAAAUGCAAAAACAUUGACUUUUCAGAAGUAAAGGAGAACCUUAGCAGACGAGACAAAUAGAAAAGGGAGGAGCGUGUGAAUGGAAAAGACAUGAGUACAGAAGGAAAUCAGAGUAUGAGUGGAGAAGGAGUGGAGGACACAAAACCUGGCCAGUCUGGGUGGAAGCAAUUCCAGUGCCCCAUAGCUGAUCCACGCUUUCCUAGGGAAGAUAUAAAGCAGAUAUGGAAGGAUUGUCAGUACGAGAGCUUCUGGUAUCGAGCUCUUCCACUGUCUGCCAGCAGCAUGGCUGUGACUGGUGGCCUCAUAUAUAGCGGUGUCUGGAAAAAAUCCAAGCGAUUUGGGUAUUUUCCUAAACUCCUUUUGGCUGGUAUUGUGGGGUAUGCUGUAGGCAAAGCUUCCUAUGUUGGGACCUGCAGAGAAAAGUUUAACAAUAAACUUGGACCAGAUUUCACCAGAGGAUUUGGUCCGACUUCUCCUGGAUUUGGACCUAGUGGCUGUAAACCUGGACACAGACACUGCAUCCAUGUGUGUGAGAAAUGCAAACAAGAAGAAGCACAAGCCGCAGCAACAGCGCCUGAUGCACCCACUCAGAGCUGAGGGUCUCUGAGAUCCACAGGACAUCACUCGUUACCUCGUCAUGUUUUUUCAAUAAAAUAAAUCACUAAAUAAAAAAAAUCUUUUGGUGUUUUUUUUUUUUUUUAAAUGCAAAACAAAGCAGCUAUGAUAAUCUUGAAUGGACCUUCAUUCUAACGAACCGGCAGGGGGCGCCAAGACACUACGAGACCCUGCAGCAAUGAGGACAAACUAGAGCUUUUUCGCAAUUAUUGGAAUAGACUAUUUCAGUAGUUGCGAAAAAGGUUGUCUAGUUUGACCACAUAGAUGUGUCAAAUACAAUUAACGUUUUAGCACAGAGAUGUAGUGUUUGAGUUGGAUUUGAGGGAACAAGGUAACAAUAAGAAAUGCAUGCUGUUGUAGUGUUAAAUCCGGCGUAAAAGAAUCCACCUCAUAGGAAUCAGUAUGAUGUUUUUAUAA